GCGAGUCCCACCUCGAAUGUGAGGUCGAGGAUAAAAAAAAAAACACAGAAAAGCGUUUUCAAAGUCAUAUACAUCUGAAGCGAAGCUGAACAUCUCUGACCACCCUCUGUGAGUUUCGUAACAGCCUGGGAAGAACAAACUGAACGAAAGAACGAACAUCAAAGCAGCGAGCAUUCAAAAGUCAGAUAACUUGCCUCAAGCAGAAGAAAAGGUGAGCUGGUGUAGCAGAGGUUCACACACGUGUCACUGGUGUUUCACCAACUUGUAUUGGGAAAUCAGCAGUGGUUGUUGAAUAAGUACAAGAAGAAAAUAAACUAUAAACAAUACCAGCUAAACUAACUGUUCUCAAGAAACAUAAUGGGCAACACCCAAUCCACUUACUAUGGUUUUUUUAAAGAAAAUGAAAGAGAAGAACUUGGUUCACUUUACAUUGAAAAGGGGUUUGAAGCAGUUGUUUCCAAGAUUAAAGAAAAGAAUGAAGCUCUGGAAAAAGAAACCCUGAGUAUUGCAGUGACUGGAGAGUGUGGUGUGGGCAAAUCUGCCUUAAUCAAUGCCAUGAGGAGUCUCAAUCCGGGUGAACCAGGAGCUGCUGAAGAGGGUACUACAGAGCAAACCAUGGAGGUAACACGUUAUACACACCCAAAACUUGAAACUGUUUGGUUUUAUGACCUCCCAGGCAUUGGCACAGUAAAUUUUCCUGCCAAGGAUUAUGUAAAGAAGGUCAAUCUUAAAACAUAUGACUUCUUUAUAAUUGUAAUAGGUAACAGGUUCUUGGAAGAUGAUGCAUUACUAAUAAGAGAAAUACAGAAAAUGAAGAAGCGGUUCUACUUUGUACGAAGCAAAAUUGACUUUGAAUUCAAUAACCUAAAAUACCAGAACCGGGAAAAUGACUGGCAGAUAGAGUUUGACAAAAUCAGAGAUAACUGCAUCAGAAACCUGGACAAGAGUGGUUUCCCUUCACAAGAAGUCUUCCUGGUGUCCAGUCGCUUUAUAAAAGAUUUUGAUUUUCCCAGAUUCUGUGAUAUUUUAGAAUCUCAGCUUAGCGAAAACAAGAGGUACAUAUUUCAGUUAUCCCUUCCAAAUUUCAGUGCGGAUGUGGUUAGGAAAAAAAAGGCCAUCCUACACCGAAAAAUUCUGGCAGCUGCUGUGGCCUCAUUUGUAGCAGGUGCAAUUCCUUUUCCUGGAGUGUCCUUAGCUUGUGAUAUCACCAUUUUAGUAACAACAUUUCAGGAAUUACGGAAGAGCUUUGGCCUGGAUGAUGACUCCCUUGGAAGCCUUGCAUUGAAAGUUAGGAAACCUGUUGAAGUCCUCAAAGCAGAAGUCAAGAGUCUUUUUAUCUCCGAUAUCACUGACACUUCUGUCAUGAGGCUCAUUACUGGUUCAGCUGUUGCAGUUAAGAUUGCUGAAGAAGUAGUUAACUUUAUCCCGAUUGUUGGAUCGCUUGUUGGGCCGCCUGUGUCAUUUCUAACUACCUACGGCAUCCUGAGAAAUACACUUGAUGAAUUUGAACAAUCAACAGUGAGGGUGAUUAUAAAGGCCUUCGAGGAUUGAUGAUAGGUUCAUUUUAAGACUUUAAAUGUUUAAUUCCAUAUGUGAACCAGACCCUUAAUAAUUUAGAUUUGAUUUGAUAUACUUCAUUAAUCCCCAAGGAGAAAAUGUUUGUGAUAUUAACUCCAUCUAUAACUGAGGGCUUUUUUGAUUUGGAUGGCUUCAGGAGAUGUUCAGUGAUCAUGUGAUAAUUUGUUUGUGACUUUUUAGAUAAAAUUUACAUCACUUAUUAAAUAUUUUUUUUAAAUAUUUAGUGUUCAAUAUUUAGUAUUAAAAUAACAAUAUGAUUUGAUUUCACUGUAGUGCCAUUUUAUUUUAGGCACUUUGCGUAGAUGAUGGAUGUUAUUUUCUUAACGGGAAUGACGCUGGCUGCUGUGUCAUAUGAUCGACAUUCCAUCAAUACGUGACAUCAGCACUGCCAUCAUGAAAACGAUUGUGGCACAUGAGACUCAGCGUCCAGGUUUUUCAGUUCUGUAAAAGAUUUACUUGCAUUUAUUUUGGCUUUUUAAAGUUUGGGAAGACUUUUACUUUUCUAAAUAAAGUUUUGUCCUUUUGACUCAUUUAAAAAA